AUGGCGAGGUCGGUUACCAAAACCUUUGCAGGAAGAAAGAGAUGUAAUGAAACAGAAGACAUCAGUCUGACUGAUGAUAAUAGAGAGUACAUGGACACGUUGGAUGCUUUAGGUCCAUGCCCAUACAUCAUCACUCAUUCUCAGCCCAUGCGUAUAUGGAUAAUGAUCUACAAUUCCAGCGUAAAUGAACAGUUGGAGGUGGGAGCCAAUACAUUGUUCCAUAUUUGGGUCAAGUACAAAUCCAGACUGCCUGCCUGGUAUUACCAAGAAAAGCUUCUUAAAGUUGGAGAUAGUCUUGUUCAGUUCAAAGAAUACAGAUUGGCCCUUUAUCAGUGCUAUGGAAGAUACCUCGAACAGUUUUGUUCAACAGAUAUUGACAAUGUCACAGAUGUGAAACAAUUUCAAACUACAUUUUUCCCCAACGGAACGGAUGAUAAAAGAGCAGGCCUGACGUUCCACGCCUUGCAAGGACGAUGCAUCUGCAUGUACCAGUUGGUAAAGACAAGUGACCCAAAUCUCCAAAACGAAGAAUCGGUGAAGAAAUGUCUCAGUAUACUAUCUUUUCUACAGCUCGUCAUGCAGGUAGUCCUGCCCCAGGAACAUUUGUGUUGGUUGAUUUUCAAUGGCACACUUCAUAUAUAUACCAUAUGCAGGCAUUUAAUGGUUCGUGGACAUUCAGCCAAGGCUCUUGAGUUCCUUUUGUGGGCUAGUGUAUGCAUGGAGUCAUCUGUUCCACUUCUUUCCGUCCAUUAUCUGACAUGGAGAGCAACCCUGUACACAGCGGUCUGUCAGUGCUACUUUGAUUGCCAAGCAGGUGUCCAUGGAGAGGUGUUUGCCCGACGCGCUCUUGUUAAGAUCAAUGACCUUAAUCAGCUUGAAAAUAUGAGUGAUUCCUCAUAUUCCGAAGAGUGCAAAAAUGCUUUCAAAGAAGCUACAACCAAGAUGGCUGUUAUGAUCUUCAAAAGGGCAGUUUUUGAAUCCAGAAGAAAACCAAAAGGCAUUCUCCGACCAAAACAAAAGAGUAAUUUGAAGGAUAUAGAAAAGUUUCCAUGGCCACGUACUAACACUGAGAAACUCCUGGUGGAGAUGUUUGCUGGCGGUGCCGCCGCGCAAUUUCUCGCCAUCCUGGAAGCCCUAUCUCAAAGUAACAGGCGAGUGUUACAGGGUGGUCCUCCCGUACCAGAUGAGCCAGAGAUACACGAUGUGAUUGCAGAGCUAUUUUUUGCAGGAACUGAUAUACUAUCAGGUGGAGGCAACAAAGCAGAUCGUAGCUCUCAUGGUAAUUGCCAGACUGAGCUUUGUAAAUUGCUCAAACAGAUGUCUCUUCUUGAGCUCGCAGUAAAAGGAGACGACGCGGUUUCUGCAGAAGCUGUGGUGAAGUUUGCCAAGCUGGCUUUUAGCUAUGAGCAUUGGGAUGCAUUUGACUCUAUUAUCGCACCAAUCUAUACCUUUCUACAGGCCCAAGAUAGCUCAAAAUGCAAGAAAGAAGAACUGGAUCUUAAAAUUCUCAUAGCAGCAGAACCAUUGUUAUCAGCAAAAAGGCAUAAACACGGCAUCUAUAUACAUGAAAAGGAUCUGAGAUUGGAGGAAAUAUCCAGCUCUUUGGGUAUUGUUGGACUUAAACGUAGCCAUGGUGAAUCAGUGGGAGACAGGCUUUUGGAUGAACACAUAAACUUAGCAGAAACUCUGUUUUCCUGUGUUUGCAAUUCUAUGCAGGAUGUCCAAGCAGACAGAGAUAUUGUCAGUGAUGUCAUAUUAUUCCUGUGGCAAAAAUGCAAAACCGGAGUCCAGAGAAUCACUGCUGCCACAGCUGAUGGAGGCAAAUUUAUCCUUAAAUGUGAACAAAGUAUGAAGUGGAUUUAUAUCCUGUGCCUCCUUUACGAGGUCAUGCAGUACUGCAAUAUCAUAGAUACAGAUCCAGUGAUAAUGGGAGAAGCUUCAUUAAAAUUGUCAAGCAUUGCCGAAGGCAUAGCUGAAUCAAUCCUGAAAUAUGGAACAAAGUCAGAAAGAACAUUUGAAAAACUCAAUGAUGAUAUGAGUGUACACACAGAGAGCUUUAGUAAAGUAAUAUACUUAAAGAAAAAUCCAGUUACACAACUUGUGUUUGCAUAUGAAACACUAGAGAAAGCAAUAAAUGGGAUGUCACUGGCUCGCUCACGAGUCAUUAUGUCAGAUGAAUCAUCUAUGAUUGACCAGCACCGCACAACGCUGGGUGUGAAGAGGCCACUUCCAAGGGAUACAUCGGAUGUCCAAGAUAUCCCUUCCAAAUCAUUUGCAAAUACCGCGGUGAUGAUAGAUUUACAGCUCGAGCUAAUCGUGACUCAACACCGCGUGUCUGUCAAGCUCCUCAAUCUAUUGCAAGGUGGAUCUGAACAAUUAAAAUCCUCAAAAAGUUCUGCUCACAGCGCCGCAUCAUUACCUUUCAGGACAGAAUCAGAAAUAAUUGAUAAAAUAAACAAGAACCAAAUAUCCAAAGCCAUCUUUUUAAUGCAAAAGUCAGUGCUGUUUAAGAGUGGACUUGGUGGAGUGUCACCUAAAAAACUCCUGGAGGAUUCAGAGAAACUGAUUCAAAAAUACGAAGCGGAAGAAAACACAAUGCACUUAUCUUGCAUGAAGCCAGAAACAUUAAAGAACGGCAAGAAAAAUGUACCUCCCCCACCCAUUUUGGUUUCCAGAACAGCAAACUCAAUGGUGUUUAAACCAGUUCCAUUUCCCACAGAUGUUAAGGUGUCCUGGUACUGUCUGUAUGGAAGGUGUGUAGCAGGGCCUAAUUUGAAAGUAAGAUUGAAUGACCAUCAUCUCUCUGGAACAGGGGAAGAGAUACCUGCAGACAGCAGCACAUUAUUGGAAGUCACUGGUCUACAAGCCAAUGAGAAAUACAUAUUCGCUAUUGCAGCCUAUUCAUCAGACGGCGUCCUCGUUGGAGAUACAAUUGGAGAAUCGACUAAACCAAUCCUGGCUUUUCCUCUUCUGUCUGUAUCUGCUGCAUGGGGUUAUCUAGCACAGAGUGCAUAUCAAGUUGGUAACUAUCAAGUGGCUAAAAAAGCCUGCUCUGUGCUGUGGAAUUACUUCGUCUUGCCGUCUCCUUGUACCCAAACUGAAGUCACUGCAAUUAAUAAGGAUUCCAUAGCUCAAAAGAGAUUGUGUCUUGAUGCUGUAUCCAACUCCUCCCCAAUACUGUUGCAGCUUUUCCUCAGAAGCAUUUUUAUAUUUAGUGAUAUAGACAUUAAGGAAGGGGCGCUGUUUUGUGACGCUGUCUGUGACUAUGGAGUUCUCCGGAAGUGUCAAAUGCGUCGGAUCGCUGAGUGUGAGAGAUUGUUAGUGGCUGUCGAUGUGAGUGCUUGGCAGAGUGACGCCAGCUAUGCCCUUCAAGCUGUGGUUCAAUGCUAUGGCCUAAUUGCCCCAGUUAUUUAUCACAGGAUCCCGUCUGUUCCAGUAGUGCAAAUACUAAUUAAAUGUUUGGCAGUUUUGCAAGAAAUUCCAAGCAGCACCUGGCAGAAAAAGCCGACUGGUGUAAGCGAGGGCGUUCUGCACAUGAUAGCUUGCAUCGUGUAUUAUGUCGCUAAGGUACUUCAUCAAUGGGAAGAAUAUGAAAUGGCAAUUGCAGUAAUUGAAAUUGCGAAACGGUUACUAGAUGUUACAGAAAAUGCCUCCAGUUCUCUCCACAUUCCUGUGUCCGGAGCUGGAAAUGAUGAGACUGAAAAUGUGAAAGAAGCAACAGAUAAAGACAAGUUAUCAAAAAUCUUUUUUUUAAAGGGUCCAAAAAAAAGCCAAAAAAAGAAAAUUCUUAUUGGUGAAAAAGUGAAUGAGCAGUUAGCUGCGCUGAAGCAAAACCUGCUGAAAUUGACUAAACCACCAGAUGGAAAAGAACUUACCGCUCAAGAGGAUCCUAUACUACUUUACCUAAUGGUCACAUGCUGGCCACCAAAUACAGCUUACAGAGAAGUCAUGAAGAUCAAGAAGAAAGCUAGAUUUUUGGAGUUCUUUGUCCAGCUUUUGCAACGAGAACUAUAUGAAGAAAGGUUUCAGCGGAUUCUGGAAUGGAGCAACACUGUGUUUGAUAUUUUAAAAAGGAGGAAUGAAAAUGCACUUGGGAAGAAAAUAAGGGAAGAGACCGAUGAUGUCACUGCAUCAAGUGAUUCUUUCAAGAGAUAUACAGCAGCACUAGUUGAAUAUCAUAAGAAUCCAGAGGAAGUGGCAGGGGAGCAAGCAAAAAAACGAGAUGGAACUGAAAAACACAAAGCAGGCUUGAAAGGACAUCAGAAGAAACAGAAAGGACAACAAAGAAGCCUAGGAGAAGAAGACCUUAAGAAAAGAGCCUUUGCAACCUUGACUAUGCUGCUUACUCCGGUUGUUGGUAGAUACAUAAAACGCAAGAGGCUUAUGAAGACCAGCAUGGAAGAAAUGCCAUGGAGAUCUCAGAUGAACCUUCUUCUGGCCUUCACCCAUUUCAGCCUGUUUCAAAAAGUGCUCAGUCAACUCUUCCAUGAAAAGCUUCCACAGACCCAAAGUCUAAACAGCUACAAAAUUUUGGAUCCUGAAAUAUUCUCCCUGCAUCAUGCUGGCACUGUCGUCAUGGCAACAGAAACAAAUGCAGGGGAUGAACAGAUGUUGAGUCCAGGUCACCUUCAUCCCUCGCUUAAACUAGAUCUUCCAUCAGGAGACAAACUAACAGAAUCAAACAAUGUUUCCGAGCCGAGUACAAAAAGAAGUGAAGUGGAUACACCUCGAACCCAGAUGACGAAUGAAACCGAGACUUCGCGAUCUACGAAAGAGCAAGGAAAGCACAAUAUGUCCUUAUUUAUCCUCUUGGACCACCUAGGAAAGACAUUUCUUCACCUAAAAAGAGCAGUGGUUCUUGCACAUCGAGGUGGUCACUGGACAUUACUUCAGAAUACCUGCCGCAGUCUUUGGAAUCUCACCCUUGAAGUACAGCUGAUGAUAAAACAAGCUGAAGUCUCUAAGGAAUCGUUUCCAAUCACUAAGGACCUUCUCAAUUCAGAAGCUUGGGAGCCCUUCUACUUGGCAUCAGAUAUGCUUCUAAGCAUGCUGGUGGCACUGCAAAAGAGUGGUUCAAUAAAGGUCAUUGAUAAUGAGGAAUCGUUCGGUGUCACAAGCUGCAUGGGUGGAAUUGCAGAUGAGGAAGGUGGAUCAAAUCUGACAUUUGAGUACCCUUUUGAUGAUGUCAAUGUAGUAGAUUUGAGAUGGAUUUGUCAAGUGGUCCUCAAAACAAUAGAAAUCUUAUAUCAGAUGGAAAGAUGGGAAGCCUUGGUCCAUAUUGCCAUCCAGUUCAAUGUUUUGACUCAUGAGCGAUAUACAGAGCAAGUAACCCCACUGCUGGUUCAUGCACAGAGGAUCUUAAUUUCCAGGAUAUGUGACACAAAUGAAGCAACUGAGGCCACAGAUGACCAUGAAGGAAAGAUCUGUUGCAGGAACUACACUGGAGAAUAUUCGGGAGCCAGUGUUGGUAAAAAAGGACAGACGGGUAAUCCAGGUGGCAGAGAAUUAAAAGUACGUGUAUGUGUGCCCAUUGAUGUGAUGGAUACACUUGCUUGUUUCCGGGAGAGCCUGCAGAAGUCUAAAUACCCUAGCAGAGCACUUAGGCACAGCAGGAAACUACUCACGCUAUUCCUGGCUCAUGGACAAGGAUUAAAUCCACAAGAGGGACUGACGAAUCGAUACUCACAGUACGGAAGAGUUGGCUUCUCUAGAGGUGUUGCCCAGCGCCAUCGUUCUGCUCCUCCCAACCUGUCAGAGGAAGAAUUCCAUUCCAUUUACUCAAUUGAAAGCAAAGCAAUCUCACCUUCACACCUUUCAACUGUUAUCUCUUCAUAUGACAAAACUAUCGAAAUACUACACUCAGCCAAGCAACAAGGUCUUAAAGCUCAGGCCCUGCACGAACUUGGCAGCCUUCAUCUAUUCACAGGAAAUAAAAGAGCUGCUUUCAAAUGCUGGUGUCAGGCCCUUGAUGAAAUGCUCAACAUGCCUGAUGCUCUUAAUUCAUGGCAAGAACUCGAUAGCUCCCCAGACAGCAAAAGAAAUGGAAGAUCUAAAGAUUACAGUGAGAAAUUUCUCUGUCGAGCGGGAAUAUGGGGUUGUUUGCUGGCUGCCGUCAUCACCGCUAAAAUGUCUCGGUAUAUAUUGACUUCUAAUUUGAAAAAGAGGACAGAAUGCUGCAUGCUUUCAGCAUCACUUUACAAGGCUAUGUUUCGAGUGUCUCUGCCACAUCCCAAGGAGGAUCGUGAUUAUGCAUUGUAUGAGAUUGGAGAUGGCUGUGAAGUAUCAGAACUGAUUCCUGGAAUAGACCUUUUUUCUGAUCAAUACAGAGCCGAUGUCAAUACUGUUGUUGCCUGUCUGAGCUUCAUCAUGUUCGAGUUGCAUUCUGCUGGUCACAAUCUUGUGGUUUUGCCAUUAUUCACAUUGUACCAGUAUUUUGUUUCCAUGGUUUGUCGUGACCCAGUUACAUCCAUAGAAGGAAGGAUUCUUAAGAUUAAAGUCCUUACUGACCUGCAUCUGUUUACGGAGGCAUUUCAUGAAAUUUCCAUCAUCAGUCAUGGCAAGCGAAUUCCUAGGAGACCACACAAAGGUUUCAAGCCUUCUGGAAAACCCAAGAUCUGUCCGAAAUUUACAUCUUCAGAUACAGUGCUAUCCAGAGAAAACCUACAGGCAAUAGAAGACAUUCUUAACAGAAAACCAAGUGCAACUCUUCUUUCUGUUUGUGAUCAAGCAGCUAUGGAUAAAUUCAUGCUGGCUAAAAUGCAUUUCAUACUAAGGCUGUCUUCAACAUUGAAUGCCAUCCCUGAAACGGUGAACAAAUCUACAUAUGAAGAGAAGGAAGUGUCCAAAAAUCUGCGAAGCAAAGCUACCGAGGACGACUCAGUUGCACACACACAUCCAAAAACGGAUGAGGCUGAUAUCCCAGUGCAACUUACUGAACAGGUCCAUACUAUUCCAAGGCUGAAGAGAAUCUUAUUAAAUGAAGUUGAGAAAAAAACAAACGCAAUUCUUCUUGAUUUACAAACGAAAAACCACGGCCAACUCUUGCAGUGCUCUGCGGGAGAACUAGAAAUGGCAACCGAGGCAAGGCUUCAGCUUUCUGUGGUAGCUCAGCAGAGGCAUCAAACUGCUCUGAGUGUGGCCAUGGCAUAUUCUGCAAUGCAGUUACUCCAAAACGCGAAAAUAUUUGCCCACAGAAGUCAGCACAGCUUCGGAAAUGUUUUGCCACCUGUUCAAGGGACUGAGAAGGAUCUGCCAUGCGAAACAGAGGCCAGAGAGCGGUUAAGCAUGCGGAUGUGGCUGAGAUGCCGUCUAGCCUUGGUCAAUGCACUUGUACUACAGAUGCGUGGCAUGGCAAAACAAGACAAGGACAUAUUAGAUGGUGCUACCAUUGUAACCGAAGGCAUCAUGGAAGCUGAAACGUUGGGUGACUUUGAGACUCAAGCUCAUCUCAUGCUACAGGCUGCAAUUCUGGAUAUCCAAGAGGGCCAGCCUAAAACAGGAGUGCAGUAUCUGCUACAGAAUAUAAUCCACUUACUCAAGGGAGAGCAUUUAAUUUCUCCUGCUGCAUCCUUAAUACUUGCUCAGAGCUUCAUUCUUACGGCUGACUUAAUGGAAAUGAAAAAGGAGGAAGACCCCCAGGUCUUUUGGACGAACCAGCUAAGCACUUACACGUUAGCUCACGAACUCAUCAUUAAACAAUUUGUGUCACUUGGUGAAGCUGUUCAGCAUCAUAUAUCCGAUCCUACUUUAACAUCACCGUUGCAGCCUUUUAGGAACAUAUAUAUGCCUUACAUGAAUUUACUGGCUAAAGUCAAGCUGAGAAUUGGACACGUAAUUGCAUUGAAAGCUUGUAAUGCACCUAACACACCCCUGGAUCCAUCACAUUUGUUACCGAGUCUUACUCUGCAAACCACAGCUCUAGAACUAUGCAGGAAUUCCUCUUUCCGAGAGUAUGAUUUGGAAGCCGAGCUGCUUUUCCAGAAAGGUAAUAUAGAGCGUCAGAUGUUCAUGUUAGGUGACCAUGAAAAAUGUAUGGCUGUCCAAACCUUUUCAGAUGCUAUUAGAGUGAGCUGCAAUUAUGAUCAAAACCUGGGCUUAAUCCGGAAAUCCUAUCUGGAAAUCGCCCUAUUGUACUUCCACAGAGCAAAUUUGGAUAGAAAUGAAUUAAGUGGCAAAGAUUUACCAACAGUGGAAACUGUAAAACAAUCCAAAACUAAGAGAAAGGGGGAGAAAGCAACGAAAAUGGAUGACAGUGGAAAGCCGGUGAGCCCGGGACAAUUCUACACACUGCUGACAUGGAUUGCGAUAAGAGCAGCCACACAGGCAGGGGAUGCAAUGCUGGCUUCUAAGAAAUUAAUUGGACAGAACAUUGUUACUGCACACAAUCUUAAGAGAGAAUUGCAAGAUAAUAUCCCAUCGUUUGUGUGCAUGGAUCUUCUUGCUGCUUACAAAAACUUCGUCCCAGGUGAGAACUCUUGGAAACAGGAGUCAUCCGCUGAGCAUUCCACUGAAGGAGACGUUAGUAGUAUACACUGUCUCAGCAAAGAAACAUUAUCCUGGGUUCAUCUUAUCCAUUACCACAAUCAUCUAAUGAGGCUGAUUAGCAUGAGCAAUUUGAGAGGCUCUGUACAGCCAGUAGAUGGUAAAGGCUAUUCAGCUGGCACAUUGUAUUCAUCGGUAUAUAGUAAUGGCCUCACACAGCGCUUUGCAGAAAUGCAUAACUUUCUCAAAAAGUACCUUAGUGCUUAUGCCUCGUGUUGUGUGGAUGAGUUUCCCCAAGAACUCCUUAAGGGAAUAGAGAAACCUCCCAAUGGAUUCAGUCUGCUACUUGAGACAUUGCAUGAAAGCAGAGGCUCUCAGCAGAUAACACCACCAUCGGAGAAAGAAGUGGCCAGUGUCUUCACAGACCUUAAACAAGAACCUUCAUGUGAACCCAUGGCGGUUACCUCUGUGGGCAAAGAGCUCUGCAUGCAGUGGUAUUUCCCAGCCUUAGAGAAAGCACCCCAAGGAGAAUCAAUGGUGUUGCUGUUGUACGCUUACAAUAAACAAAAUAUCAGCAUUAAAGAUCUUAGACGGUUUGAUCCAGCUAACCUGCUUUGUGGCCACUGCUGGAUCCCUCUAUCACAAGUUGUUUCAUUAAACGAGGAGCUAUCAGCUUUGAAGCAGCAGGCUGAGGUGUCUCUCUUGCCGGAGAUAGAGUCACGUGUGGAGAAGCAAAAGAAGUCACCUUCUACUGGAAAGAGCAAGGUGGACCUCAAAGUAACCAGUGUCCCUGAAGAACUACAGGUAAUGACCAAGAAGUGCUGCUCCAAUGUCCAGAGUGUGUUGUCAGCAGUUCAGAACUUACAACCCUUAACUAAGGCUCCAUUUGACAUCACUUUGCCAUCAUUAAUCAGGCUGGAGAAAAUUUUUCACCUGACUUAUGGAUGUAUGCUAAUGAGGGAAAGCCUUCUAGACUGGAUAGUUUCACUGCUUACCUAAGACAUACGAAAUAUAAUCUAUUUACAACUUAUUGCCAACACGGUAAUGUCGUUUAUUGCAUUAAAAUCAAUUUAUAUGUAAUAAAGCAUACUUUUACAUUU